AUGCAACCCACAUCUCAUCAGAAACAAGUCAAAGAUCCACAAGAGCCACAACAGAACCAUAUUCCACCUCCGAUCCCACCACCACCGUAUUUGCUAAAACCAGUUAACCACAUAUCCGCCAACAACGAUUUCAAAAAGCCGCAGCCGAUUGCCAAUGCCUACAAUUCUCAAGAGUAUCCAAUUCCGUAUCCUAACAAGCGUCCCCCACCACCUUCGUUGCUAGUUCAGUCGCGCCCAACUCAUCCGCUGAACCCACAAGCGCCAUCAGGUCCAGUCGCCACCUCCACACCAAAUGCAACACAUCAGCAACCUAUACCUGGCUAUUAUUUAUAUUCUCCUCCUCCUGAUGUCCUGCCACCUGAUGGAUAUUUAUAUCUGAGUAGAUUGGGUAAUAUUGGUGCAAAUGAUGCCUCCAAUGCCAAUAUGAGAGAAUUGCCAUAUCCCAAUUAUUACACUGGUACUACAAGUACCAUGAUGGUCAACUAUAGUCAUAGAAGGAGUUCAGGGAAUAUGUUAGGAAAUGAAGCACAGCAACUUAUUGCAGGUUUAGGAAGUAUAGGUGGAGGGAAUACUGCUGAUUUCUUUAAUGAAUUAAAUCCAAGAAAAGCUCCAAAUAUGAACUUUAAAGAGAAGAUAAAUAAAUGGCUAGCUACUAUUCCUCCACAAAGGUAUAGCAACGAUAUACAUGACCAGACCAUGAAUGAACAUGCUAUACAUAUGCACCAUCCCUACGACGUGUAUGCCGAGGGAUAUCCAGAUGCCACCUACCACUCCACAUCUCCUAGUUUAUCAGAUUCUGAAAUUGAUUUGACUGACGCUGAUGAUAUUGUUGAAUUUCAAGCUAGAAAGAUUACUCGGUAUGUCACUAGACUUUAUGCAUUUGAACCAAUCUCGACACUUGAAGAAGAAGAUGUAGAUGAGGCUGCUUAUGGAAUUGAGGAAGGUGGUUAUGAAGAUGAAAGUUAUCAAGUUAUGCUACACCCGAACUAUACCUAA